UUGAGGCCAAGUUCCUAGGGGUCACCUUAACUGAGGGUUAGGGCUGUGGGAACAGCACCCCAGUGGACAAAGGUUGAGGCAAGGCAAGAAUAGAGCAGGCUUCUUUUCGCGGGCAGUGAAAACAGGCGAUUGAGUGGAUGAGCGAGGGGAAAAAAAGGGAAGAACAGAAAAACAGAAGGAGUACUGCGGCUUUAGAAGGGGCUGGAAAAGACUUGUUGCACAAUGGAAGACUUUCACUCUGAGAAAAAGAUGGAGAAAGACAAUGUGGGACCCAGAAUGGAUCCUCCCAUAAGGGAACCAGAAGGAUCGCUUGGGUGGGUGCUGCCAAAUACGACCAUGAAAAAAAAGGUGCUGUUGAUGGGCAAAAGUGGGUCUGGUAAGACCAGCAUGAGGUCUAUUAUCUUUGCAAAUUAUAUUGCCAGAGACACACAUCGUCUUGGUGCAACAAUUGAUGUAGAACAUUCUCAUGUUCUAUUUCUGGGAAAUCUGGUAUUGAACCUGUGGGACUGUGGUGGACGGGAUACCUUCAUGGAAAAUUAUUUCACUAGUCAAAGAGACAUUAUCUUCAGAAAUGUGGAGGUUCUGAUUUAUGUCUUUGAUGUGGAGAGUCGUGAACGGGACAAGGACAUGCAUUAUUACCAGUCGUGCCUGGAGGCCAUUAUACAGAACUCUCCAGAUGCCAAGAUCUUUUGUUUGGUUCAUAAAAUGGAUCUGGUACAGGAGGAUCAACGGGACCUGAUUUUUAAAGAGCGAGAAGAAGAUCUGAGGUGUUUGUCUCGCCCAUUGGAAUGUUCUUGUUUCCGAACAUCUGUUUGGGAUGAAACCCUCUAUAAGGCUUGGUCCAGCAUUGUUUAUCAGCUGAUUCCCAAUGUUCAGCAACUGGAGAUGAACCUAAAGAAUUUUGCUGAAAUUAUCGAGGCUGAUGAAGUGCUUUUAUUUGAGAGAGCUACUUUUUUGGUGAUUUCUCAUUAUCAGUGUAGAGAGCAACAUGAUGCCCACAGAUUUGAGAAAAUCAGCAAUAUUAUUAAGCAGUUUAAGCUGAGCUGCAGCAAGCUGGCUGCCUCUUUUCAGAGCAUGGAAGUCAGGAACUCUAACUUUGCUGCUUUUAUUGACAUGUUUACAUCCAACACCUAUGUGAUGGUUGUGAUGUCUGAUCCAUCCAUUCCUUCUGCAGCUACUUUGAUCAACAUCCGCAAUGCCAGGAAGCACUUUGAAAAGCUGGAAAGAGUGGAUGGACCAAAGCAGUGUCUUCUUAUGUGCUAAAUAUUGCCAGUAUUGCAUCAGAAAAUAAUGAAAUAUUGUUUACUAAUCCACCUUAAUGUAGACAGUGUGAUGUUGCGAGGCUUACCAUUUCUGUAUUCUUCCCUAAUUCCCAUAGUAUUUAAUCUUAAAUACUAAUUACUCAAACUGAUAUUGAAGAUUUGAAGAUAAAAAUGCUUGUGAAGUUAUGACAAAAAUUAAAUGAUACAUACAUUUUCUGAUAAUAAGCUUUGAAUAAUGUAAAUGUUCUAAUAACCUGGUUCCAAUAGUUGUUUAUGCCAAAACCUUUCCCAACUUCAUCUUCUUUCCUUAUCAGAUGUUAACAUAUAUGUUUAAAAUAUAACUGUUUUCUUGGCAUGCAUUAACAUAUUACUU